GCGUGGGGCCAUCGCUGGGCUGGGGCUCCCACCUCGUCCGUGGCCGUCUCCCUGCUGAAAUGAGCUUUCUGCGGAGCUUCCUGCCCCCGGGGUCCGCCGAGGGCCUGCGGCACCAGCAGCCGGACACCGAGGCCGUGCUGAACGGGAAGGGCCUGGGCACCGGCACGCUCUACAUCGCCGAGAGCCGCUUGUCUUGGUUAGACGGUUCUGGAUUAGGAUUCUCACUGGAAUACCCCACCAUUAGUUUACAUGCGGUGUCCAGGGACCCAAAUGCCUAUCCCCAGGAGCAUUUAUAUGUCAUGGUAAAUGCCAAAUUUGAAGAAGAAUCAAAAGAACUUACUGGUGAAGAAGAGGAAGACAGUGAUGAUGAUGAUGCUGAUCCUAUUUCUGAGUUUAGAUUUGUACCUAGUGAUAAAUCAGCAUUGGAAGCCAUGUUCACUGCCAUGUGUGAAUGUCAGGCCUUGCAUCCAGAUCCUGAGGAUGAAGAUUCGGAUGAUUAUGAUGGAGAGGAAUAUGAUGUGGAAGCACAUGAACAAGGACAGGGGGAUAUUCCUACGUUUUAUACCUAUGAAGAAGGAUUGUCACAUUUGACAGCAGAAGGCCAAGCCACGUUGGAGAGAUUAGAAGGAAUGCUUUCUCAGUCUGUGAGUAGCCAGUAUAAUAUGGCUGGAGUUCGGACAGAAGAUUCAAUAAGAGAUUAUGAAGAUGGAAUGGAGGUGGACACGGCACCGACCGUGGCUGGGCAGUUUGAAGAUGCAGAUGUUGAUCACUGAAAAUGGCUUAUGCUGCUGUAAGAUUCUACCUAUAACUAAGGAAAGAACUUGGUGCCUCCUCCAAUAUGCAGUGGGGUUGAUGAAAAUCUUUUUGCUUCUCUAAAACUCACUUGAACCAGUUCUUUCUGGAGACAACAAGUUGUUAUCAGCAGAAGAAACUUUGACCUUUAUUAACAAAGGUGAAUUAACUUAACCAGGAGGGUAUUAAAGGCCUGUCACAUAUCCCCAAAAUUUCCAUGUUUAGGUACCCUUUGAAUAGGUCUAAUUUCUGCCUUCAUUGUAUGUAUCGUCUAUAAGGUAGCCUUCCUGUAUGGUGAAAUGUACAGGAGCUAGGAGGUGUAGGUAGCCUGGGUGAGAGGGAGAGACUGAAGCUAAGAUAUGCCUCUUUGGGACCCAAAGAUAACUUUAUAACUUUUAAGAAAGACGCCGAUCCCAGCGCAGUCCUCCUCUGUUCAUUCACUGUCUUACUGAGAUGGGACCCAGAUUGAUUGAGCAUCCCUAGGGGGGCCGUCCCAGCCACGUGCACUGUCACUGCUGCAGGUGUUUCUGAUGAGCUUUGGCUCUUUCCACUGUGUCUCAUCGUAUAAUCUCUUAGGUUCUGUCCUGCUCCCAAUCUCUAGGUUAGUUUUCUAUAACAGAACAAGUGCAACGGGAAUAAAACCUCAAAGUCCUUCAAAUGAUAAUUGUUUGUCUUUAUAAUAGCUUAACGAAUAAAUUUAGGUUU